CCGCUGUAGUGAAAUUUAUCAAUUUCAAAAUCCACCGAGUCAAUUUCUCGAAGAUGCUCACAGAUGUGCGUGCACAUGUUCAUAUGAGAUGAGCGUACAUACACAAGCCGGUGGACUUUCAUUAGAAAUUUACUCCUCGUACAGUUGGCAGGCAGAAAACAAGUUGCAGAUUAAAAAGAACAAGGCUCUUCGACGAUUCGCGCGGGGGACCAUUCAUUGACUUUGCAAUCCUGGAGCUUGAGCAAGUUUAAGCUAUGGCAAGCUCUUGCUCGUCUCAAAGGCUGGGCCUCGAUCGCCACGGUCACUAUACAUUCUUUCUCACCUUCUACUAGAGAAACUUGAGGUGGCGCUGCGAAGAAGAGCAAUGAGAAGUGGAAAGGUGCUCGUGGUUCUCCUCCUCGGUCUUCUCCUCGGAGUGGCCAUGUCAAGCCCGUCGCCUGAGCCAGUGGCCUGCGCCCAUGGCACGUCCAACUGCACCUUGACCAACGCGUACGGCUCCUUCCCUGACCGCAGCAUCUGCCGCGCGGCCAACGCCAUCUUCCCAGGCACUGAGCAGGAGCUCGUCGCAGCUGUGGCAGCCGCUGCCGCGGCCAAUCGCAAGGUCAAGGCGGCCACCAAGCACUCCCACAGUUUCCCCAAGCUGGCCUGUCCCGGCGGCCGCGACGGCACGAUCAUCAGCACGGAGCGGCUCAACCGGACGGUGAGCAUUGACACCGCCAGCGGCCUGAUGACGGUGGAGAGCGGCAUGGUGCUCAAGGACCUGAUCCAGGACGCUGCCGCGGCUGGGCUCGCGCUGCCGAACUCGCCCUACUGGCACGGCAUCACCAUCGGCGGACUCCUGGCGACGGGUGCGCACGGGAGCUCGUUGUGGGGCAAGGGAAGCGCCGUGCACGAGUACGUGGUCGGAAUGAGGAUCGUGACGCCGGCGCCGGCGAGCCAGGGCUUCGCCGUUGUGAGGCAGCUCGGCGUCGACGACCCCGACCUCGACGCGGUCAAGGUGUCCCUCGGUGUCCUUGGCGUCGUCUCCCAGGUUACGCUUAAGUUGCAGCCGAUGUUCAAGCGGUCGGUGACGUUGGAGAAGCGCGACGACACGGAUUUCGCGGCGCAGGUGGCCGUCUGGGGCGAUCUGCACGAGUUCGGCGACAUGACGUGGUUGCCGUGGCAGCGCAAGGUCAUCUACCGCAGGGACGACCGUGUCCCCGCCUCUACACCGGGCAACGGCCUCAACGACAACUCCGCCUUCAGCGGCAGCUCAAAGCUCGUGCUCAGCGCCGUCAGAUCAUUGGAGGAGUACGUGGAGAACGCCAGUGAAUUCACCCGGUGCCUGGCGGCGAGGGUGGUAUCGAAGCUGUUCGAGCUGCAGGGGUACGGCUUCACCAACAGCAAGAAGGGCUCCUUCUUCAUGGGUUACCCACGCAACCCAGUGGUGGGAUUCCAGAACCGCAUACAGGCGUCCGGCACCUGCAUCGGCAGCUCGGAGGACCUCCCCUGCAUAUGGGAUCCACGCAGUCGGGCCACUUUCUUCUACAAUUCAGGCUUCAGCAUCGCCGUCUCCAGGGCGCCUGCGUACAUCGCCGAGGUGCAGAAGCUCCGCGACCUCAAUCCGCGCGCCUUCUGCGGCCUGGACUUCAAGCUUGGUGUGCUGCUUCGCUACGUGAGGGCCUCCUCCGCGUACCUCGGCAAGUCCGACGACUCCCUCGACUUUGACAUCUCGUACUACCGCAGCUUCACGGAGGGCGAGCCGCGGUCGCAUGCGGACGUGAUCGACGAGAUCGAGCAGCUCGCGCUGAACAAGUACGACGCCAUCCCGCACUGGGGCAAGAACCGCAACUUCGUCUUCCACGGCGUCAUCGCCAAGUACCCCAAGGCCGCCGAAUUCCUCAAAGUGAAGGCCAGGUACGACCCGGAUGGAAUCUUCUCCAGCGAGUGGAGCGACCAGGUGCUUGGGAUCAACGGGAGCCCCAACAUCGUUGGAAGGGGCUGCGCCAUUGAAGGUCUUUGUGUCUGCUCCGAUGACUCGCACUGCGCGCUGAGUAACGGAAGAGAGUACUCAUGCCAGCCCGGGAAGGUGUUUCCAGAGGCGAGGGUAUGCUCGCUCCGACCCACCACCAGCCGAGAGGAACUGUGAUUCAAGAUGCAUGCGGGUCAAGCACCACUGCCAUCUAAUGCUGGAGCAGGGUCACCUCAAAGGUUCCUUGGUGAUGAAUUGCCUCCAUGCGUCUGGUCCAGGAAGUCACGCCUUGGGUUGCAGGAGAUAGUCUGAGAAAAAACAUAAGAAAAUGGUUAGAAAUACUAAUUUUAGGUGCAACUACAUAUAUAUACUAUCUCCGUUCCGAUGAAUAAGGUUUAUAUUUUUUCAAAAAUUAAACUAUGUAA